AUGCUAAGCCCCAGCCUUUUGCUGCCGGGUGUCCGGUCGAUUUCCACAGCUUGUGGAACUGUCUCUGUUGGUGGUGUUCAAGCGCUGCUGCGGCGGCCUUUGGAGGAGCCUCGCUUCCCUCUCGUGCCCUGCGGAUUUCUUGCGCAGCUACCCCUUGCAUUGCGACCUGCACUGAAAUGGCUAGCGCAGAAGGACUCGCUGGCCCAGGACAUGCUUCUACUGACUUCACCAGCUGAGCGCACUCGAGCACGGUUUCUGGCCCUCGCUUAUGCAGAGCUGGUCAAUGCCGAGGUCGAGUACGUAAGCAUCUCUGCAGACACAACAGAGGCAGACCUCAAGCAGCGACGUGAGAUCCUCAGCGGUGGAAGUGUGGCGUUUUCAGAUUCCCCUCCAGUGAAAGCAGCACUGGAGGGAAGUAUUUUGGUGCUUGAUGGCCUGGAACGGGCAGAAAGGAACGUUCUCCCGACUUUGAACAAUCUGCUGGAGAACCGAGAAAUGUCACUGGAAGAUGGUCGAUUUCUCGUUGAAGCCCAGCGCUAUCAGCUUCUGAAGCCACUACAAGUUGCCCAUGAUUCGGGAACCAGGAGCGAUGCUUGCAGCACCAGCCGGCUUGCUGCCGUUCACCAGAACUUCCGCGUCGUGGCCCUGGCUUCACCUUGUCCGCCGUUCGAUGGUCGAGCUCUAGACCCACCGCUGCGUUCACGCUUUCAAUCGCUUUUGGUGCCUUCUGCUCCAGCGGAAGAGUUGGCAUCAUCUUUGAGGGGCCCACUCGGUGCCAAUGCCGGAAGCGUCGUCAUGGCUGCAGAAGCGAUCAUGGAGCUGGAGCGACAGUCCAUCCACCACAACACGGCUUUUUUCUCCUUUUCAAGCAGUGCCUUGCAAAGAUAUUGCUCGCGGAAGCCAGCUCAGCCUGAUGCUCUGCGCAUUCUGCAGCGGGUCUAUCCCCCUCUGGAGUAUGGUGAACUGUCACCACUCGCCGCUUCGCAAGUCAAGCAGGCCUUGCUGCAGCUGGGUAUGGACGCGAAUACUCGCGAAUCUGGCAAGGAAGGAGCUCAGAUGAUGUCAUGUGGCCAUUAUCGCACAGCAGAGUUGGAUGCAACUGCACGUGCAAUUCAGGCCGACAUGGCCGCUGGCAACAAUAUUUUGCUUGUGGCCCAUCGUGGUGCCGGUAAGAGUGCUCUCAUUCGGUCAUUGCAGCUUGAGACCUGGCAGACAUUCAAUCUCCACCGAGAUCUGACUGCCAGAGAUCUACUCCAGCGACGAGUGACAGAUGAAGUCUCAGGAGAAUCUGCAUGGGCAGACCAACCAGUUGCCAAUGCAGCGCGCACAGGAGAGGUCGUGGUUCUGGACGGGGUCCAUCGGCUUCCAGCCGGUGCGCUCGUUGCCGCUUUUGGCAGGCUUUGCUCUGAGCGCGAGCUGGAUUUGCCGGAUGGAACACGCCUGGUGGACCAUGCAUGCGAGGGCGCGGCUGGCCGUAAACAGAAGCUUGCAGGCAGUUUCAGGCUGGUGGCACUUGCAGAACCCGGCAGUUGGUUGAGUCCCGAAAUUGCUGGCCUCUUCUCUACACACUUCCUUCCGGAGAUGAUGCCUGCGGAGAUUGGUGAAGCUCUGCCACUGCUCGUCCCGGGAGCAACACCCAAACUUUGCCAGGACGUUGUGUGCAUGGCCUCAGCAGCAUUGGCCACUCAAUCCGACACCUCUUUCUCUGAAAGAGAACGCGAUCUGAUGAGACUAUCUCUCCGCGUUCUUCUGCGAAUAGUGCGCCAGGCGGCAAUCAGUCCUGACAGAGGGUCCCUGCCCAAGAUCGUGCACAACACAAUGAUGUCCUGCUUCUGGCCAGUGCGGCUUCGAGAGGCUAUGGAAGGAUGGCUAAAGCCAAUCGAGCGAGAGUAUGCUUUCGACACGUUAAAGCACGGAAUCGAGAGAGACGUCAGUGACGUCGAUGACGAUGCCCUGCUCUUUGGCUUGCAAGUCAGACGGCGCCGGCCCUCAAGGCCGGAACUGGUUCCUGCUCCGCGAAGCUUCUUCAGCAGUCCUGCAGCUGUGAGCGCAGUUCGGCAAAUUCUGAUGUGUGACUUGGCUGGCGAGCAUGCAGUGCUACUUCUGGGGAACCAAGGCGUUGGCAAGAACGUGGCUGCGGAUCGCACGCUGCAGUUGCUUCAGGCGGAGCGUGAGUAUGUGCAGCUACACCGCGACACAACAGUAAGUUCUCUGACAGUGCGUCCAGUGCUGCAGAACGGCCGCUUGCGUUACGAAGACGCUCCGCUGGUACGGGCUGCGAAGCAUGGAAGGGUUUGUGUACUGGACGAAGCUGACAAAGCGCCAAUCGAAGUGGUGAUAAUUCUCAAAGCGCUCGUCGAGGAUGGAGAACUGCUCUUGGGAGAUGGGCGCCGACUGUGCCGAAAACGAAAUCGCCCGUCCGACAUUUUGAUCAAUCCAGAUUUCCGGCUGUGGGUUUUGGCAAAUCGUCCUGGCUUCCCUUUCCAUGGAAAUCACUUUUUCCGUGAGUGUGGUGACGUUUUUGCGGCCGUUGUGCUGGACAAUCCGGACAUUUGCUCGGAGACGGCGCUUCUACACCACAUAGCUCCCACAUACCCCAAGCGGCAGAUCCUGGACAAGCUGGCUCUGGCUUUUUCCGAACUCAGGAAGCUGGCAGAGAGCACCGCGAUCUCUUAUCCCUACUCUAUGCGAGAGGCCAUAGCGGUGGCGCGGCAUUUGGAGAAGUUUCCGAAGGAGUCUGUGGCUGACGCAUUGAGCAACGUGCUCACCUACGAAGCCUUUGACCCUCCCCUGCUAAGGCAGCUCCUGCAUGUCUUCGAUUCGCAGGGUCUCCGAGUCGAGGAACUGAAAGCUGUCUUCAAUACAGUCUCGGGUGACAAAGGCAGCCGCUCGCUGAAAGCAGCGGAUAUUGAGAUUAGGUAUUACCCUGCACACGGAGGAGGUCGUAGCACACCGCGGACGCCAGCGCAAGAGCCGAAACAUGGGGAGGUUGAUCCCACUGGCGCUCCGCAUGUUGGAGGCAACCGCUGGGCCGGAGGCAGUGGUGGAUCGGACACAGCAGGUUUGGGAGGCCGUGGAGGACCAUACCGACUGUGGGAUGGAAAUCCAGUAUUCCAGGUGGAUGACGCAAUGAAAGAAGUCAGCUCGGAGUCGAAAAGCAAAGCCAGAGCCUUGGCCCGGCAGGCAUGGCAAAACCGUUCGGCAGACAUUGAAAAGAUGGAUCCGAUUAUGUGGGCUCUAUAUGAAGACAUUCUCUGCAACGUCGAACCUCAAGUGGCACAGUUGCGGGCUAUUUUCCGAGAUGCCAAGGACAAGAAGACAGAGCGUGUCUGGAGGAGAAAUUGCUCCGAUGGUGAACUGGAUGACACGCGACUGGUGGAAGGUAUUGCAGGAGAACGCAGUGUCUACAAGAAGCGUGGAGAAGCUGAAGUACGAAACCAGCACGGCGAAAAUACCACAAGGCAGAAGCGACGCCUGUGCUUCGUCAUGGACUGCUCUGGUUCAAUGUACCGCUUCAACAGUUUGGAUGGGCGGCUAAACCGAAUGCUGGAAGCUACAUGCCUGAUUCUGGAAAGUAUGGAGGGCCACACAAACUUUGAUUACGCGAUACUUGGCCACUCUGGAGAGAGUGCUCAUAUCCCCUUUGUAUGCUUCGGGCACCCGCCAGCCAAUCGUGGGGAGCGGCUUAAGAUCCUCCAGAAGAUGUUGGCACACAGCCAAUUCUGCUUUCCGGGGGACAACACUAUCGAGGCGACGGAUGCAGCCAUAGACUACGUUCUUCAAGACUUUUCCGUGGAGCCUGAGCGCGAAAAGCAGGCCUUUGUCGUGGUCAUGUCUGAUGCCAACUUCAGGCGCUACGGUUUGGACCCUAUCUGGUGGAGCAACUCACUGCGACGAAGCUCUCGAGUGGAUGGCCAUGCCGUUAUGAUCGGCUCCAUCGGCGAGGAGGCAUCGAAAAUUCGCGAUGCCCUGCCACCUGGGCAAGGGCACGUGGUGUUGGACACGGCUUUGCUGCCAAGCGUUUUGAGGUCAAUUUUUGAACAAGCCGGCAUGAUCUGUGACGAGCUAUGA